AUGACCACCCCUGGAGGGACAGACAUUUGGUUUCCCGAACCAGAACCAGUCACCUCUUCCCAGAGCCCAGCUGCACAAGGCUCAGGCUCCGCUAUUUCAGUGUCACAGACCAGCCUGUCGCCGCCAGAUGUGCCUACAGAGAAAACGUCGAAUGAGAGCAGCAGCACCAGCGACCCCUACAUGCAUCUCGUGGACGCCAUCUGUGACAAGGGCAGUGACUACUCCUACGAAGCAUCUGAAGAGGAUGAAGACUCAUCCUCAGGAGGGGAGCAGGGCGAUGCAGCCUCCAGUGCCAGCCCCAUCCUGCAGCAGCCACUGGUUGCUGUGAUUCACCCUUCAGAAACAGAGGUAGCUUCACAGGGCAAAUACUCGAGGACAGGAAUGGACCGGAUGGAUUCAGCUCUUGCGCGCCAGGACCCAGAGCGCAGGAGUGGGUUUUCAGCCUGGCGGGCGGCACGCAGGAAGAGAAAAGAGGCGGCUGCUGCAGCUGCAGCUGCGCCAGAUGUGCCAGGGACGUCCAUGGAAGGAUCCCCGGAGCCAAAGUUGCUGUACACAGCCCCUGCGUCACCAAUCACCUCCCCCUUUGAUGCCGCGUCCCAGGCAGCGAGCCCUCUUGCGCGCGGCUGGCAGCCCCUAAACAGCCGCCUGGACUCUGCACUCGACUACAUGAACCGCAGCACAGACCUGCGCAUCUCGCGCUCGGACCUGCAGCUUGGUAUAUUGCCCACCAUCGCAAGCCCGGGCCGCUCAGCAAACGACGCUGACGAGCUGGAGUCAGGCGCUGGCAGCAACCGCAGCCCCCCUUCAAUCCAACGUGUCGUCGGCUCUGAGACUGCAUCCGGCACAGCUGUGCUGAGGACGCCCGGUCCAUCUCCAGAGAGGUGGCCCUUCAAGCUCCCUGUCCGCAUAAAUGCUUCCUUCUCGUCGGCUCCAAGGGAGUCGUUUGAUCUAGCGUUCUCGACUCCCCCUUCCGGCAACCCAAACCCCAUGGCUGUUUUGGCAACUCUGUGCCAGUCGGCCCAGUCCUUGGUGCAAAUGCCGUUUGUGGGUAUUCUGUUGCUUGAAGAUGACAAGAUGACCUCCCUCCUGCAGUUUUCCUAUGGCAGCGGCGCUUUGAAAGCCCCCUUGGACGCCGGGUUCAUCGGAUCCCUGCUUGAACCGAGCACAGUGGACAUUUUGGUUGUGGAGGAUACUCUCCAGCACCCGAGGCUGAAGUCAAAUGCGGCAGUCUUGGAGCCCCCAGGCCUUCGAUCCUAUGCGGCCGUCCCGCUCAUCACCAGUUCUCAGCUUCGUCUUGGCUCGCUGUACAUUGCAGAUGUGCAGCCGCAGCAGCUUGACACGGAUGCGGUCCUGGCGCUGAAGAACUUUGCAAAGGCGGCCAUCAAGCGCCUGGAAAAGAUGGGCGUGGCUGCCCAAGUCCUGGAGCGGCGACGGGACCUGCUGCGCACGCUAGCUCCUCAGCAGGAGGCACAGCUGGUGGUGGACACUGCCACAGUCAACUGGCAGGUGCUGCAGGCAAAUGCAGCUGCCAAGGAGAGCAUCGGGCUUGUGGAAGAGGGCGGCUUGCUGGGAGGCCUUUGGGACUUGUUCGCCGACGCCCCACAGACUGAGGAGGAGGGACAAAGUGCAUCAGUCCCCACUGGACUGGGCCAGAAGAUCAUCUGUGGAAAGGAGUUUGCUCUGCGGGUGCGCCAGCUAGCUGCAUCAUCUGCAGCCAAUUUCACUCUGCACUUCAGGCCUGCACCGGCCACAGCAGAGGACGGCUCUGAGGGCCGCAGCAUCGAGCCAAUCUACUUUGUUGACAUCCGCAGAGGCUGGCAGGCACUGCAGACUGCCGGCCCAACCACACCUGAUGGGCCCCCUAAACGGGGUGCCCGCCAAUACUGCGGGGUCACCUGCCUGAUCUCGUGA